AUGUUUUUUUCAUAUUUGCUCAUUCAAAUUUUCUUUUUUUCUUUCUUUCUUUCUUUCUUUCUUUUAUUUUUUUUCUUUCUUUCUUUCUCAUCUUCUUUCUUUUUAUCUCUUUUUACUUUUUCUCCUUUUUUAUUAUUCCUUGUUUUUUCAUCUUUUUUUCUUAAAAUGUUUCUUUUCCUUCUUUUUAUUUUUUCAUUAUUUUUCCUUUUUUUUCUUUCUUUAUUUUCUUUCUUCAUUUUUUUUCUUUAUUUUCUUUCUUUCUUUCUUUCUUCCUCUUUCUUUUACUUUUCUCCCUUUCUUGUUACUUCAUUCUUGUCUUUUUCGUCAGUGUUAUUAUAUUUGGUUAUUCGUCUUUCUUUCUUUCUUUCUUUUUUCUUUCUUUCUUUCUUUCUUUCUUUCUUUCUUGCUUGCGAUUUCUUUCUUUGUCUACUCUUACUCUUACUUUUAUUUUCUUUCUUUCUCUUUCUCUUUCUCCUUCCUUCUUUCUCUUACUUGUUCCAUCUUUUUCGCCAACAUUUUUCGUCCCUCUUUCUUUCUUUGAUUUUUCUUUCUUUCUUUCUAUAUUUAUUCUUUCUUUCUUUCUUUCUUUCUUUCUUUCUUUCUUUCUUUCUUACUUUCUUUGUCGACUCUUAUUCUAUUUUUCCUUUCUGUCUUUUUCUUCAAAAUCUUUCAUUUACUUUCUUUCUCUUUCUUCUGGUAUUUCUUUCUUUCUUUUUUUCUCUUACUCCUUCUUUUCUUUUUCGUCAACGUUUUGUUUUUCGUUUACUUCUGCUCUUUCUUUCUUUCUUUCUUUCUUUUUUUUUUUUCUUUCUUUCUUGUAACGCUUUUCUUCUCUUCUCGUUUCUUUCCAUUUCUGUUUAUCUUUUUUCUUUCCACCUCUAUUUCUUUGUUUAUUCUCUUUGUUUAUUUUCUCUGAUUCUUUCUCUCCUUACGUCUCUCUCUUUCUCUCUUAAUCUCUCUUACUCUCUCUAUAUUACUCUUUCUCUCUUACCUUCUCUCUCUUACUGUUCUUAUUCCUCUUUGAUCGCUUCUUUUCUGUCUGACAUUUGGUCUGUCUCUUCAGCAUGUCUACAUUGUAGGUCCCUUUUUUCAUUAAUACAUCCUCACCGAUGCCCGGCCUUGUUUCUUGAAUAG